CUCUGCUCAACGUGACAGGACCCCCCGGCUCCAUCACCGUGGCCGUGGGCAAGGAUGUGGUGCUGCCCUGCCACUUCUCCCCAGGGCAGAGCGGGGACCUGGAGGUGACCUGGUUUCGGGAGCAGUUCUCGCCCUUCGUGCAUCGCUACAAGGGGGGCCAGGACCAGUACGGGGAGCAGAUGCUGCAGUUCCAGGGCCGCACGGCGCUGCCGCGGGACGGCCUUGCCAGGGGCAGCGCGGACUUGAAAAUUCUCCGUGUCCAACUGUCUGACAGAGGGAAUUACACCUGCUUUAUUCACCGUGACCCAGAUUACGAUGACGCUGUGGUGGAGCUGAAGGUGACAGCCAGCGGCUCUGCCCCCCGCCUGGCCCUGCAGCGCUACCAGGACGGGGGGAUCCGGGUGUCCUGCCGCUCGUCCGGCUGGGUCCCACAGCCCCAGGAUCCCCAGGGCCAGCACCUCCCGUCUCUCUCGGAAAAUAUCACCCAGGACCAGAGCGGCCUCUUCACAGCAGAAAGCAGCAUCAUCCUCACCAAGGGCAUGAGGCAGGAGCUCUCCUGCUCGGUCCGACAUGCCCUGAGCAGCGAAGGACAGAGAUCAGCUCUUUACAUCUCAGAUCCCUUUUUCCUGAAAGCCCAACCUUGGAUAACUGCCCUGGGCACUGUCCUGGUUGCUGUGGUCACUCUUCUUUUUGUCACUGUUCAUCUCCUGAAAAUUAAAGGAAAGCAGGAGAAAAAAAUAGUGAUGCAGGAGGCAGCACUACGGGAUCGUGAUGCAGAAAUUGAAAAGCAAGUUGGAGAACUUGCAUGGAGAAGAUAUGCAGUGCCUAUAGAAGAAGUGAAGGUGGUCCUGGAUCCAGACACAGCCCACUGUGACCUGGUCCUGUCUGACGACUGCAAAAGCGUGAGGCGCAAGGACACGCGGCAGGACGUCCCCGACCUCCCCCAGCGCUUCAACCCCUGGCGCUGCGUCCUGGGCUGCCAGGGCUUCACCUCGGGCAGGCACUGCUGGGAGGUGGAGGCUCUGGAUGGAGGAGGAUGGACCGUGGGGGUCUCCAGAGAAGAUGUGAAGAGGAAGGGAGAAAUUGAGUUUAAACCAGAGGAGGGCAUCUGGGCAGUGGGGCAGUGGGCAGGGCAAUUCCAAGCUCUCACGGCCCCGAAUCGCACCCUUCUCCCUGAAAUCCAGACUCCCAAGCAGAUCCGGGUCUCUCUGGAUUAUGAAGAGGGACGGGUGGCGUUUUUCAGUGUUGAUGAGGAGAUUCCCAUCUUCACGUUUCCACUCGUGUCAUUUGAAGGAGUAAGAGUCUACCCUUGGGUCUGGCUGGGUCCUGGGACAUGGCUCAAAAUGUGGCCCUGA